AACUGUUUCCCCCUCUGAGACGGUCCCCUUGUGGAUUAUGCCACCUAGAUCACAACAUUGAUAUCAAAUUGAAAUACAUUUAAGCCCCCCCCCCCAUCUAUAACCCAGCUCUUGGAGACAGGCCUUGUGGCCAUGGCGAAAGACCAGUUGGGUGAAGCUGGUCUUCAUUUUGAUGAGCUCAACAAGCUACGGGUGCUGGAACCAGAGGUGGACCAGAAGACCAGGGAGCUCAAGGAGGAGUGUGAAGACUUUGUUGACAAAAUGGGCCAGUUUCAGAAGAUAGUGGGUGGUCUCAUUGAGCUGGUGGAUGAAUUGGCGAAAGAGGCAGAGACAGAAAAGAUGAAGGCGAUUGGAGCCAGGAACCUGUUGAAGUCUGUGGCCAAGCAGAGGGAAGCCCAGCAACAGCAGCUCCAGGCCCUGAUAGCAGAGAAGAAGAUGCAGCUGGAGAGAUAUCGCAUUGAGUACGACGCUCUCUCCAAAGUGGAGGCUGAGCAGAAUGAGUUUAUUGAACAGUUCAUUCUGCAGAAAUAAGGCCCGAAGUGUGUGUUUGUGUGUUAGUGACCAUGUUUCCAGGGUGCCUGUGUUGUUUUCUAUGGGUGAUAUCCACUACACUAUGGGUUAACGGGAAUUGCUCAUCUGAACACCACAACCUCUCUUACACUUCACAAGCAAUCCAAAACUGUUUCAACUAAAACACGGUUUGGCCCAGACACCAACAGACAGACGACAUGCAAAGUUAAACUGAAUAACACCAUCAAAUGUCCCUCACUAGCAGGUGUCUCAGUGACAAUCCCCCUAUUUUUAUUUUUUAGCAUUUAAGUGUUGGAAUGCUUGAAUAUAGUUCAAACCUGAGGCUCUAUAGAUGUGAAAGGUGUGACAACACUACAGUAUGCCAGUCAACCAAAUGGGGUCGAAAGCUAUUUAUAUAUGAAGGAAUUUAUUUAUACUAUUUAAUACUGAAUAAUUACUCUGUAUAGAUUUGUUUUAUUACCUUUUUCUACAAGUGGAAAAACAAAGUACAGUAUGUGCAUGUUACUGUAAAAAAAAUCAUCAUGAUUUUGAAAACAAGUACAUUUCUUGCUGUUCCCCCCCCUCCCUUUGUAUCUUACUUCUGUUUUACAUCUAAAGGUAUGAAUAUGUUCACGGUUUUAUCAUUUCACCUUUGUCUGUGGUACGACACCAACACAUUUAACCUCAGGUGGCUUAUUGGAGUUUCAGGCCAGUGUAUACUUUUUAUUUUUUUUCCCCAAGUAAAGUACAUUUCAAAGGUAUAUUAUUUUAUGUUUACAGUAAAUAUCAAGACGUUAGAAAAUAUCAUCCUCCUCUGCAUUCAUCUUAUCCAUGUUAAGAGUUAGUAAACCAACUUGGUGGACCAACUUCAUCGACAGAUGAGAUAUACUUGAAUAAAGGAUUUGCACAUUUUGA